GCCGCUGCCGCUGCCGCUCGCCCAGCCUCCGCCACCGCGCCUCCUCCCUCACUUGCCGGCGCGCUCGCCUCCUCGCUAGAUGGUGUGCGAGCCGCCCGAGAAUUAGACACACUCCGGACUCGGCCAGAAUCAACCGAGAGGAGGGUGCUUGUUGCUCGAACCAGUGGCUGGCGGCGGUGCUGCUCAGCCUUUGCUGCCUGCUGCCCUCCUGCCUCCCGGCUGGACAGAGUGUGGACUUCCCCUGGGCGGCCGUGGACAACAUGAUGGUCAGAAAAGGGGACACGGCGGUGCUUAGGUGUUAUUUGGAAGAUGGAGGUUCAAAGGGGGCCUGGCUGAACCGGUCAAGUAUUAUUUUUGCUGGAGGUGAUAAGUGGUCAGUGGAUCCUCGAGUUUCAAUUUCAACACUGAAUAAAAGGGACUACAGUCUGCAGAUACAGAACGUAGAUGUGACAGAUGAUGGCCCAUACACGUGUUCUGUUCAGACUCAACAUACGCCGAGAACAAUGCAGGUGCAUCUAACUGUGCAAGUUCCUCCGAAGAUAUAUGACAUCUCAAGUGAUAUGACCAUCAAUGAAGGAACCAAUGUCACCCUUAUUUGUUUGGCCACUGGGAAACCAGAGCCUUCCAUUUCUUGGCGGCACAUCUCCCCAUCAGCAAAACCUUUUGAAAACGGACAGUAUUUGGACAUUUAUGGAAUUACCAGGGACCAAGCUGGAGAAUACGAGUGCAGUGCAGAAAAUGAUGUGUCGUUCCCAGAUGUGAAGAAAGUAAAAGUUGUCGUAAACUUUGCUCCUACAAUUCAGGAAAUUAAAUCUGGCACCGUGACCACCGGACGCAGUGGACUGAUAAGAUGUGAGGGUGCAGGCGUACCGCCUCCGGCCUUUGAAUGGUACAAAGGAGAAAAGAAGCUCUUCAAUGGCCAACAAGGAAUUAUUAUUCAAAAUUUUAGCACAAGAUCCAUUCUCACGGUUACCAAUGUGACACAGGAGCACUUCGGCAACUAUACCUGUGUGGCUGCCAACAAGUUGGGCACAACCAAUGCGAGCCUGCCUCUCAACCCUCCAAGUACAGCCCAGUAUGGAAUUACCGGGAGCGCCGACAUUCUUUUCUCCUGCUGGUCCCUUGUGUUGACACUGUCCUCUUUCACCAGCAUAUUCUACCUGAAGAAUGCCAUUCUACAAUGAAUCUAAAGACCCAUAAAAGGCUUUUAAGAAUUCUCUGAAAGUGCUGAUGGCUGGAUCCAAUCUGGUACAGUUUGUUAAAAGCAGCGUGGGAUAUAAUCAGCAGUGCUUACAUGGGGAUGAUCGCCUUCUGUAGAAUUGCUCAUUAUGUAAAUACUUUAAUUCUACUCUUUUUCUGAUUAGCUACAUUACCUUGUGAAGCAGUACACAUUGUCCUUUUUUAAGAUGUGAAGGCUCUGAAAUUACUUUUAGAGGAUAUUAAUUGUGAUUUCAUGUUUGUAAUCUACAACUUUUCAAAAGCAUUCAGUCAUGGUCUGCUAGGUUGCAGGCUGUAGUUUACAAAACGAAUAUUGCAGUGAAUAUGUGAUUCUUUAAGGCUGCAAUACAAGCAUUCAUUUCCCCGUUUCAAUACAAAUCAACCCAUAUUUGCAAAGAUGCAUUUUUCUCUUUUGAUAAAAAAGCAAAUAAUAUUGCCUUCAGAUCAUUUCUUCAAAAUAAACACAUAUCUAGAUUUUUCUGCUCGCAUGAUAUUCAGGUUUCAGGAAUGAGCCUUGUAAUAUAACUGGCUGUGCAGCUCUGCUUCUCUUUCCUGUAAGUUCAGCAUGGGUGUGCCUUCAUGACAUAACAUUUCCCUCUUUGUCUUCAACUAAUAAAAACGUCUUGCCAAAUCCUGUAAUCGAGAGCAAAAAUAAACUACAAUGAUAAAGUUAACUGUAUCCUAUCUCUAAAGAGCAAAGUACCUACAGGACUGCAAAUCCUCUACAUUAUGAGUGGGGUUUGAGAAUUUUCCCCACAAUAACUCAAUUUUGUGAAGGAAAACAAUUUAACAUAGUACAGGUAAAUUUACCAUGUAAUUUCUUUACUCGUUGCUAAAUGUGAGAUCCACUUUGGGAAAUAAUUCCUUUUAAAAUGACAACACAGUCCAGCAAAGAGAUUGCCUAGCAAUCCAGCAUCUUUUCCUUUUGCUAUUCCAGGCCAAAAAUUUUAAGACA